AUGGACUUGAGCUCGUGGUUCGAAUUCACUGUCUACGAUGCCGUCUUCCUUGUCGUAGUGCUUGGAUUCUUCUUCUACUGGCUUACCAGAUCUGAGCAGCCACUUCCAUCUCCACCAAAGGAGCUUGCUCCUCUGACAAUGACCGAUAUGACAGUUGAAGAGCUCCGCAAGUACGACGGUGUCAAGAACGAGCACAUUCUCUUCGGACUGAACGGAACCAUCUACGACGUGACUCGCGGAAAGGGAUUCUACGGACCUGGAAAAGCUUAUGGAACUCUUGCCGGACACGAUGCGACCCGCGCUCUUGGAACAAUGGACCAGAAUGCUGUUUCUGCUGAAUGGGACGAUCACGCAGGACUCACGGCAGACGAACAGGAAACCGCCAAUGAAUGGGAGACACAAUUCAAAUUCAAGUAUCUUACUGUCGGACGUCUUGUGAAGAACAGCUCGGAGAAGGCCGACUACGGUAACCGAAAGGCGUUUGUUCGUGGCGCCGAGUCGUUGGAUUCAAUUAUCAAUGACGGCGGAGAAGAAGGGUCCAAGAAGGAUAACUGA